AUACACUUCAACGUCAGUGGCCCAAACCUGACCGAGUCAAAGUAAACUGUACUGUUCAUCAAUCACUGUGACCAGAAUUUCGAAGAAACUUCCACAUUCUCUUUACUACUACUAUAUCAUGGACUCAUGGUGUAUGAAGAAAUUACUCAAAAUUCGUUAAUACUUUAGAGAUAAAAUUAGUCUUCAAGCAUGGCAGAUUUCUUAGUGAUUUUGAGGUUAUAUGUUGUGCUUCAUGUGCUUCUUCAUGCUCAUGCAUGUUGGGAAGAAGAAAAAAUUGCUCUUUUGAAACUCAAAGAUGCAUUCAACUACCCAAAUGGGACUGCUCUUUCUAUUGGGGUGGCGAAGAAAGAGAUUGUUGUAAGUGGGAAAGUGUUGGUUGCAGUGAAUUGACGAAGCGUGUGACUAAACUCUCUCUCAAUGACACAAGACCAACAAAGUGGACACAAUAUGAGUUUUGGGACAACAACAAUGGUUUCUUCCUGGAAUCUUCUUUAUUUCAUCCCUUUGAGGAGCUGCGUGAGUUAAGAUUAGUACGGAACUUCAUUGAAGGCUUUAAUGGAGUGCUGAGGUUAAAAAAAUUACAAAUGUUGGAUCUGAGUUUCAAUCGGCUCACAGAAAUUCCAUCCCUCCGUGGCAUGGUGUCUUUGAAGUUUUUGAACUUUGCAGUCAAUAAUCUGAAAAAUUUGUCCACAUUUCAAGGCUUUAAUGGAGUGCUGAGGUUAAAAAAAUUACAAAUGUUGGAUCUGAGUUCGAACGGGCUCACAGAAAUUCCAUCCUUCCGUGGCAUGGUGUCUUUGAAGUUUUUGUACCUUAGAAACAAUGAUCUGAAAAAUUGGUCCUCAUUCCAAGAGUUGACAACUUUGAGGGGCCUGGAGAUGCUUGACUUGAGUUAUAAUGAGAUUGCUGGUGAGAUGCCUCCAUCUCUUGGGGCCAUGACAUCUUUAAAGAGCUUAUCAUUUAGUGGCAAUGAAUUAAAUGGCUCUUUCCCGGAGGAAGGUUUAUGUAAUUUGAAAAACCUCCAAGAGUUGGAUAUUAGCCGAAACAGCUUCAAAGGAUCUAUUCCUCCAUGUAUCAGCAAUUUAACAUCCCUCCGUCUCCUCAAACUUUCUGAAAAUAACCUUUCGGGAACCAUUCCUUCUGAUCUCCUUAGGCUCAAGUCCCUCGAAUACCUUUCCCUUUCUCUGAACCAUUUUGAAGGGUCCAUCUCAUUGAGUUUAUUUGCUAACAACUCCAAUCUUGAGGUUCUUGAACUUGAUAGCCUUAACAACGAGUUGCAUGUAGACACAGAAAAUACACCCUGGAAACCUCUAUUUCAGCUAAAAGUCCUACGACUAUCAAACUGCAAUCUCAAUGAGCCAAGUAGAUCUAUUCCGAGCUUUCUUUUGACCCAGCAUGAUUUAAGAGUUGUUGACCUCAGUUACAAUGCCAUGGUUGGAGAGCUUCCCACUUGGUUACUGAAAAAUAACACAAGAUUGGAGUUCCUUAGUCUUGCUCAAAACUUAUUCACCGGUCAAUUUAUGUUACCUGCUGAUUCUAAAGAUCUUGAUUUGUUUUGGCUUGAUGUGUCUAAGAAUGAUAUUCAGGGCCCCCUUCCUGCAUCUAUUGGCCAAAUAUUCCCAAAUUUGUGGUAUUUGAACAUGUCUGGAAACUCAUUUCAAGGUAAUAUUCCUCAUUCAAUCGGCAACAUGAAUAAGUUGCAUUCAUUGGAUCUGUCGAGCAACAACUUCACUGGAGAAUUACCCGAACAUUUGUUUAUGGGCUGCAAGGAAUUGAAUAUGCUGAAGCUUUCACAUAAUAAGCUGCAGGGUCAGUUAUUUCCCAAAAAAUGGAACCUCACAAGGCUCUUGGGUGUUGCAUUUAGAUAAUAAUCUCUUUUCCGGACAGUUGUUACCUGGACUUGUUACAAGCUCCUACUUGAAAGUGUUGAAUCUAAGCGAUAACUUGAUCUCGGGAAAACUACCUGAUUGGAUAGGGGACUUUUCUUCCCUUUCGUUCCUUGUUGCGUCCAGGAACUUGUUCAAAGGUCCUAUACCAGUGGGCUUUUGCAGACUUGUUGAACUGAUAGUAUUAGACCUUUCAUGGAAUAGUCUUUCUGAUAAAAUACCUCCUUGUUUCAAUUUAUCAUCACUAAGUUAUUUAAGCCUUCACAAAAAUGAACUGUCAGGACCUUUGCCAGGAGCUCUUUAUAGAUCAUCUUCCCUUGUGACACUGGAUAUUGGGGAUAAUAAACUAUCAGGGGAAAUUCCAAAGUGGAUCAACCUACUCCAAAAUUUGAGGUUUCUUUUAUUAAAUAGAAACAAUUUUGUAGGUUCCAUUCCUUUUCAGCUAUGUCAGCUUCACAACAUCAGCAUACUGGAUCUUUCUUUCAAUAGCAUUUCUGGUCUAAUACCUUCAUGUUUGAAUGAUAUACCAUUUGGUCAUAGAAAAGCACAUGAUCAAACCUUUGAAAAUGUGGCAUUUGUUUGGAGUUUUUUAGACUUGAACUACGAAUAUCAAAGCAUACUUCGUAUAGAUCAAUAUGUUAUAGAUGAAGUUCAGUCAUCACAUGUGGUAGAAAUAGAAUUUAUCUCAAAGAGUAGGCCUGAUUCAUACAAAGGAAGCAUCUUGGAUUUCAUGUCGGGGAUCGAUUUUUCUAGGAAUAGAUUGACAGGUCCAAUUCCUUCUGAACCUGGGUUCCUAAGUGAUAUUCAUACUUUAAAUUUAUCACAUAAUCAACUGAAUGGAUCCAUUCCAAGGACAUUUUCCAACAUGAAGCAAAUAGAAAGCUUGGACUUAUCCAACAACAAGUUGAGUGGUGGAAUUCCCCCGGAUUUGGUUCAGUUAAACUUUCUAUCAAAGUUCUCAGUGGCAAACAACAAUUUAUCAGGACGUGCACCAGAUAGGAAGGCUCAGUUUGCAACAUUUGAUGCUAGCAGCUAUGAAGGCAAUCCUUUUCUUUGUGGAUUACCUCUCCAGGAAAAUUGCGGAAGGAGCACAGGCGCAGUAUCAGUUCCAAAUCCAGGAGAUCCGGGAGAAACUGAUGAUCUGUUCAAAGAUUCAUUUUUGGAGACUUUUGUUCCAUCAUGCGUUGUGGCAUUCCUGGGAGUUGCUGCUUUUAUCUACUUCAACUCCACUUGCAGAAUGAUUUUUCAGUUUAUUGAAGCAAAACUCUCAUCUUCCAGAUAGAUUUGCCUAGUUAUUUAUUGUACUGGAUGAAAUAAGUAACUGAGUGUGUGCAAGAUUAUAGUAAGAAAAACAUACUACCUUUUAAGAGAUACUUUUGAAAUUUCAGCAGUAUCUUCAGGGACCUAUGUGUUUACUUCUAUGGAUGCAUGUGUGAAAAUGUUAUAAAGCUCCCUUUCAAUCUUUCAUAAUAUCUAUAAUUAAAAGGUGAGAAUCUGCAUUGUAGAACAAUGACAAGCAACAAGAGCUGUAAGUAUACUGUUUAAUUUUUAUAUCCUCCUUUUCUAGUUAUGACUGUAAGAAUCUGCAUGAUUUCCUGUUCAAAUUAAUCUGCUAUCAAGCAAGCAACCUGAAUCAAUUUUCAUGGCAUUUAAACGUGCAGAUUUUGCUAUCAUAAACUUGUGUAGUAGUAGGGAUUGAUCCUUCUGUUCAUGAAAUGUUUUCUUUUCUGGACCAAGUUCAGCAGAAAAACAUUUAUUCAGUUGAAGCUAUCAGAUUCUUGUCAUUGGUGUGUCCAAACCAAUCUUAGUGCCUGAAUCUGAAUGUCCUUAAGUAAAGGAGCUGAAGUUAGCUGAAUCUUAGUGAAGACAGUUAACAUUCCCGGGUAAAAAUUAACAAGUAGAGAUAAUCUGGAUAUGGCCUGUAUUCUUGAAGGAUUUGAUAAGAGUGUGGGAACAUUUUUGGAGGAUUAAGCAACAUAGCUUCCACCGUAUUGUCCUGUUUCUUCAGUGCCCAUGCAUACGUCGCUGAAGUUCUUACAAUGAUUGUAGCUAUACAUAUAACUGCUUCAAGGAUUCUCAGAGAAUUUCAUAGGAGCUAAGUAGCUGCUUCUCUAAUGAUCAAGGUUCAAUUUGUUGUAGUACCUGUGGAAUUACUUCUUCUUGUUUGGAUGCUGUAAGAUAUUUCUACUCUCCUAUGUCUUUGCUUUGUUUUUCCAUUUUUCGUUCUAUGUAUUCAUCAAUUUUUUCAUCAAAUUUAAUUAGGAUACUUUGUACCUGGGUACGAAUUAUCUAAUCUUCGAUGUAACUUAUCAUUUAGAGCGUGAUAUUGUAUCAUAAACACAGAGCAUUUGAGGCUUCGCAAUGUGAGAUCUAGGCUUUUAUUUCCCCUUUUUA